ACCGCUGCAAUCUGAUCAAUCCGUAACGAUGGGUCCGCAAAACACACGAUCAUCUUCAACCAUUCUCGACGCUCAAACUGAUACGCAGCAGCGCACAUCUUCCCUGUGAGCUGUACGAUCCCAGCGCGAUCAGUCCCUUCGCAGACAACGACCGAACAUCCGCCUAGGCUCGCAGAACCGUGGUGCUCUUCCGUUGAGCUCCCAGGCACUAAUCGAAGCAGUGUUCGCGCAGUGUCCUUUCAUUUUACGUCCCUCCCGGAAAAAAACGUACCGAGGCUUCUGAAAGACGGAUCGUCAACGAUCCUGCCGAACAAGUGUUUCCCCGUGCAGUGCGUCACCAAAGAUGCUGUGCUCAGUUUAAUUCAGUGCAGUGCAAGGUAGUGGUGUGUUGCGUAGGUGAUUGUUUGCGGAGAAAGAAAGAACGGUGCGGUUCGAGUUUAAUCCCGCAACGGUGUGUGAGUGAGAUCAUGUAAAGCAGUCCUUAAGUAAAAGAGAAAAAAAAGUACACGCUUAUCGACAGUAUUGAUUGCAUCCAUUUCGGACACAUCAGCUAGUGAACUAGUGUCAGCAGCGUUAAAUUAGUAUACUUACACACGCAUCGUUUUCCUGCCGAAAUUAAACGUCUUCUUGAGACAUCCAAACAUCACUGAAAGCUCAACAAAGAAAAAGGCUUAAGCAACACACAUAAACGAUGGCGUUAGACUUUACUCGACGUCAGUGGCUGACACUGAUGAUUAUGGGACUGGCUGAUUUUUGCAAUGCGAUCUGCGUGAGCUUACAAGCACCAUUCUUCCCGAACGAGGCUGAAUCGAAAGGUGCGACGGCCACCGAGUAUGGGCUCGUGUUUGGCAUCUUCGAACUGGUGGUGUUCAUCAUCUCACCCAUCUACGGUCAGUACAUCAACCGGAUCGGGCCGAAAGUAUUAUUCAACAGUGGCAUCUUUACCACCGGCACCUCGGCCAUCCUGUUCGGGUUGCUGGAUCGCGUGCCGGGCCACGUGCCCUUCAUAACGCUCGCAUUCGUAAUACGCAUAGUGGAGGCACUUGGAAAUGCCGCCUUUCUGACCGCUUCGUUUGCGAUCAUUGCCAAAGAGUUCCCGAACAAUGUCGCUACGACAUUCGCAUCGUUGGAGACGUGCUUUGGGCUGGGUUUGAUCGUUGGACCGAUGGUUGGUGGAGCGCUGUACAGCGUCGGUGGAUAUUAUUUGCCAUUCGUCGUACUCGGUUCGGCACUAUUUGUGACGGCCAUCUUGACGCUCUGCAUUCUGCCAAAGCACCCGAACGAGGAACAGCCGAACCGGGAAAAGUCUGCAUCGCUGCUCGCGGUUCUGAAGAUACCCGGCGUGGUCGUCUGUGCGCUUGCCAUCUGUGCCACCAGUGCAUCGAUCGGAUUCCUCAGUGCCACCAUGGAGCCACACCUGCGACAGUUUGACCUUAGUCCAAUUCUGCUUGGUGUCGUGUUCGUCAUCAACGGUGGAGUGUAUGCUUUGACAGCUCCCGUCUGGGGCUGGGGUGUGGACAAGUUCCUAAACCCGAAAAUCGUCUCAGCAGUUGGAUGCUUCCUGGUCGUCGGAGGGUUCUGCAUGGUCGGACCCGCGUCAUUCAUCCCACUAGAAACGAACCUCACAUACGUCAUUACCGGACUGGUGCUACAUGGACUAGGGAUUGCGGCGGUGCUUGUUUCCAGCUUCACGGACGCUCUAAACAUCUCGAUUAAAAAAGGACUACCAGACAAUAUUGAAACAUACGGACUCAUAUCGGGCCUGUGGACGUCAACGUUCGCAUUUGGAGCAUUCGUAGGUCCGUCCGUCAGUGGGCUACUGUUUGAUGCGAUUGGAUUCCGUGCAUCGACCGUGUUUAUCAUUGGGCUGCAGCUUGUCGUCGGCAUCAUCACCAUACUGUUCCUCUGCUUCGAACGAUCCCCAACGCCGUACAAGGAAAUUUCAUCCGUCGAGUCACUGAUCAAGCCCGCCACUAGCUCACAGGAUGGUGAUUCGCGCAAUGAAAGCAGUGCCAGUCGCACCAGCAGUCUUGACAUCACCUACCGAGGUAACAAAUCGGGAUUCUCCGGCAGUCAGAGUUCACUCAUCGGUUCCUGGCGCCCGUCAGUAAACAAUCUGCUAAUCAGCAACAGCUAUCAAAGCAAACAAGGACACUGGGCACGCUCCGUCACGGAGUUAGAGACGAAUACUGGCACACAGUACGGUACACACUAUGGAAGCUUUGACGCCCGGCCCGGUUAUCACGAUACGAUGGCCUAAACGGCCAAAUGCUGCUGUGCAUCGUGCGUCCUACGUACCGGUCACCUCGAUCCCGACAUCCCCCCGAUGCCGGGCUACAACGAUGCGUGACCUUGCGGAUCGGUAUUUUCAUCUUGCUGCUUUUGUUCCGUUCACUCAAAGCGCACUCUAUACCUGCCAAAAGACAACCAGCUUAACUAGUUGUAACUACCUCCUGCGUGUUAAUAGCGCACUCGUCCUGCGGAGGGACAUUGUUCUUACGUCGUCACUUACGCUACACAGACGACACACUAUAUCCUCUCUCUCUCUCUAUCUCCUCUGUUCGGUGAUCCACAAGAGCUAGGAAAGCUGGAACACAUUCUUUACCAUACCCAUUCAAUACUCAACGGAUUGGUCAACGGCUACAGACAGAUUAAUAUACCUACAAGGCGAAACAGACUGUUGACAGGUUUCAACAGUUAUCAGCUGCAACGAUAACGAUGCAACAAAAUGUUUGCUCAUCUGUACGUUAAACCACCUUGAAGAUCGUGCUGUCCAUAUCGCCGUUUGUUCACCCAAAACCAAGAAACGAUAUUCAUUUUCAACCAUUAAUUUUAAUGUUACCCACACCAUUUCGAUUGUUUCCGCGUGCCUUUUGUACCUUUCUUUCCAUCCUGUCCAUUGUGUAGUGUCACUCGAGAUUACUCGCUUCUGCCCCUGACCUCGGCUCUCUGCAGUCUGCAAUACCAUCCAUUUGUAUCAGUAGCCUUUCAAACAAUUGCAUACGUCCGAGGUAGGCAAUCUGUCCAACAGCGAAAGCUGCAGUUGCAAUUUUGACGCGUACGAUCAAGACGGUUGGCACGGAGCGAGUGGAAGUAAUCCAGCAUUAUGUGUGAUGUUGAUAAGUUUUGUGCGGUGUGAAAUGGGAGUAUGUUAGAUAAGGCAUGUGAGCAAACACACAAGUAGAAAGGAAAUAAAAUAUUGUAUUUAUAAUCAACAGACACAA